AUGAUUUUAGAUGUUAAGAGGCGGGCACCGUACUAUUGGAGUGAUUGGACGGAUGCGUGGGAUUAUCGCGUCGUUCCCGCGACGGUGUAUAUGUAUUUUGCGAAUAUUCUGCCGGCUCUGGCCUUCUCGUUGGAUAUGUUUGAGAAGACGGAACAGAGUUAUGGUGUGAAUGAGGUGCUCUUGGCCUCGGUGCUGGGGGCGGUUGUGUUUUCCCUGUUCGCGGCCCAGCCUUUGGUCAUUGUUGGUGUUACUGGUCCGAUCACGGUGUUCAAUUAUACAGUCUAUGAUAUCAUUGCUCCGCGGGGAACACCUUACCUUGCGUUUAUGUGUUGGAUUGGAAUUUGGUCUCUGAUAAUGCACUGGAUCCUUGCUAUAACUAAUGCUUGCAAUGGGUUGACCUAUGUCACUCGGUUUUCCUGCGACAUCUUUGGAUUCUACGUCGCCUUUAUCUACCUUCAGAAAGGUAUCCAGGUCCUGACGAGGCAAUGGGGCACCGUUGGGGAGACAUCCGCCUACUUGAGCAUCAUGGUCGCAUUGCUGGUUCUCAUGAGUGGAUGGAUCUGCGGUGAGCUUGGGAAUAGUAGUCUUUUCCAACGAUACGUACGGAAGUUCCUGGAAGAUUAUGGUACCCCGUUGACGAUUAUCUUCUUCACUGGAUUCGUUCACAUCGGUCAUAUGCGCAAUGUCGACGUUGCAACGCUGCCUACCAGCAAAGCGUUCUUCCCAACGGCCGAUCGUGGAUGGUUGGUGCACUUCUGGGAUAUCAGUGUGGGCGAUAUCUUCCUUGCGAUUCCGUUCGCGCUGCUUCUUACAAUUUUGUUCUAUUUUGAUCACAACGUGUCGUCCCUUAUCGCUCAAGGAACCGAGUUUCCUCUUCGGAAACCUGCUGGUUUCCACUGGGACUUGUGGCUGCUGGGGCUCACCACUUUCAUCGCCGGCUUGUUGGGUAUCCCGUUCCCUAAUGGACUGAUCCCUCAGGCGCCGUUCCAUACGGCUGCUCUUUGCGUGACGCGAGACGUCGCGGAUGAGGAUGAUACGAACAAGGGCAAGGCCGUCCGCAUCACGGAUCAUGUCGUCGAACAGCGAGUCAGUAACUUCGCUCAAGGGCUUUUGACCCUCGGUACCAUGAGCGGACCCCUUCUCAUCGUUCUGCAUCUGAUCCCGCAAGGUGUCAUGGCUGGGCUGUUCUUCAUCAUGGGCGUCCAAGCGCUUCAAGGGAACGGGAUCACACAAAAGCUCAUUUUCCUAGCUCAAGACAAAGACUUUACCUCGGGCUCUAACCCCUUAAAGAGGCUCGAGCGUCGUACCGCUAUCUGGGCCUUUGUCAUUCUGGAGCUGAUUGGUUUCGGUGGUACCUUUGCCAUCACUCAGACGAUCGCUGCCAUCGGGUUUCCCGUGAUCAUCCUACUCCUUAUUCCAGUGCGCGCAUUUCUCCUACCUAGAUGGUUUACGCGGGAAGAGCUCUUCACAUUAGAUGGGCCCACAGCAAGUCCGUUCACCAUGGAGAGUGUCGGGGGUACUCAUGGGAUAGACGAGGAUGCUGCCCCUGUGGGCUCGGCCACUGGAAGGGACAAUCAUAGCCAACACAAUCGCAAGACGGAAGGCGAUAACACGGUCAUGAUGCGUCGUGAUAUGAGUACAUCUUCUGAAUCGCCGGUUGAUGACGACCUGGAGCGCGGCGAGGCCUAUGAGCUACAGACUAGAUCUUCCGUUCGCAGACGCAGCACAACAAGCAGAGCUGAAUAA